AGUAGACAACGUAGUCCCUAUCGGAAAGCCCUAAAACCUUCAUUCGAUUUCAUUACUGUAAAUUUCGCAAACAGCCAGAGUGCACUCUAAUCGGGUUAAGGAGAGGUCAAGAAUCUCCGAAGGGAUGGAAGGAGUUGCGGAGGAGAGGGGCGGCGGCGGCGGCGGCAGCAGCCGGCAAGUGAUUCCGGAGGCGGCGAUGGAUGCAUUGAGGAGAACCUCCAAAAAUAUCGACGAACUGCAUGCUAACAUGGACCAGUUCUUGUCCGCCUGCGACGCCGAUACUCUUUCUCGAAUGAGCCCUCUUGAGAGGGCCCACUGUCUGCUCUUGCUCUCCAAAGCCGCCACCACUGUUUAUGCAUUGAGGCUGAGAUGCAAAGGGGUGAAUCCAGAUGAACAUCCUGUGAAGUCGGAGAUUGAGCGGUUAAACUUGUAUCAAGAGAAACUGCAGCGUUCUGUGGAUUUGAAUAAAGCACCACUGCGUCCCUCGGCCACCAUAAAUGCUCAAGCUGCAACUCGGUUUAUUGAGCAUUCUUUGCCUGAUCUUACAUCUGAGCAGAAGCAGAGUAUGAGAGAAAUCAGCAAAGGGGAGGGGACAAGGAUUAAAUAUUUGGAACGAGUUGUCCAUAAGAAGAGAAAAUAUCAAUCAACUGAUAAACAAUCUGUUCAAAGUGCUGCCCAGGAAUUUCUUGAGAAAGCCAGUCGAGAGCUUCUUGGUGACAAUAAAAAUGGUUUUAAGGGACCCUUACGCCCACCCGAGGAUUCUGAUGAAGAUAUACCCAUCGCUUAAUCCUCUGGUAGAUUUCAUCUUAUCUCUGACCUACAAUCUGGAUUAUCCAGUUUUGUGCCUGUGUUUGCAAGAAGACCUGAACCAUGGAGUAGAUCUGUCGGUUCUGUCUCAUUUCUUUUCCCUUCCUUGACACGGAAGAUGAUUUAUGCAGUUAUACUCUUCUCAGUUUCAGGGAUAAGUAGCUUUGAUGUUUGUUUAUAUCGAUAGUCUAUGUUGUUUUUUCCUUUUGUUAUGUUGUUUCAUAAAUAGCAGUAGUCUAUGUUAUGUUCUUGUUAGUAAAACAUCACUCUAAAGAUUUUGGAACCUGCUACUCUAUGAUGCUUGCCAGAAGCAUUAUGUGAAUUUUGUUUUUGUAUUUAAGGUUCAAAGAUAAUGUUUUCUCGAUCUCA